ACUCCAUCUCUAUAUAAACACUUCCCAUCCCCUUCUCUCUCUCAUCAAAACCCUUUUCUUCCUCCUAGUUUCCUCCUCUCUCUUGCAAGCUAUUUUCUUGCUCUUAACCCUCUUUCUGCAAAUGGCUAUCGCCGAUCAAACUCCGGCAAAACAGCAAAGGGAUGAAACCCUAACCCUCGUUGACGACAGUGUUCGUCAAGCUCCCUCUAAACGCCAAAGGGACGAAACCCUCACCCUAGCUGAGGAUUCCGUUGAUCUCAAGCGUCAGAAACCUUAUACCGACAUACUUUCUCUCCUCGACGAAGAAGAAGUAGAACCUCCGGAAGAUUUGUCCUCUUUAAUCACAACCCUGCAGCAAGAAAUCUCACCUGAACCUCUCAACACAUUCCCCAGCUCCGAAACCCUAGCUGCCGAGUCGGCUCUAGAAGGCUAUGCCUCGUCUUCCUCUGGCUCUUCCACUCCUACUUCUUCCAAUGCGUGUUUUUUGAAAGAGGAUGAGUGCGAGAGGGUUAUGAGACAUCUUCUAGAAGCUUCCGACGACGAGCUUGGGAUUCCGCAGAGGGAGGCUGACGGGUCCGAUGAAGUGGAGGGUGAUGGGUUUAAAUUCGACGGUCUGGAUGGGUUUUCAUUUGGUGAUGGGUUGUGGGAGCUUGAAGACGAAGCGGCCAACUACUAUACCUUGGUGCAAUCUGAACUGUUUAUGUAGUUCACUGAUUAGCGCGUGGAGUGGACCGGUGGAGGGUUAAAAAUGCGAAGGAAUUAUAUAUUAGGGGAGUUUGGAGGAACAAAAAAGAUGUUUUUGAAGGUGUUAAAAGAGGGACAAUUAGGGAAAAUGGAGAGAAUUUUUAAUUUUCAUUUUGGUCCCUCUUCUUUUGUAAAAAUACCAAGCGUUCUCUGCCACUUAUUAGGAGAUUAACUUGUAGAAGGGAAAAAGUGAUUUAAAAUUCAUGAAAUUAUUUUAACA